AAAUACUCAGGUAGAUGUGAGUAAACUGCGUCUGCUUUAUGUUCUCCUUAUCGUGCAAUUAAAGCCCAAUCGGAAUUGUUAGCGCCUGGUGUCGUGAGCAUUACGAGCGGAAAGACCGUGAGUGACUGUUCUUGUGGUUUCCCCGCACAAAUAUCUGACUAAUACAGUGUAAUAAUGACGACAAACCCAAGACCGCAGCGGCAACUGUCAGAGGACGUUCAGAUCUCGAUGGGCGGUUCCGGAGGAGGAGCCGGCGAUGGCGUGCCAGACAGACUGCCUCCGAUCAGUGAAAAGGACCAGCGCUUCCCCUACUGUAUCGUGUGGACUCCCAUACCAGUGCUUACCUGGAUGUUGCCUAUGAUCGGACAUAUGGGCAUUUGCACUUCGUCCGGGGUGAUUCGUGACUUUGCCGGCGCCUACUUCGUAUCGGAGGACAACAUGGCGUUUGGGCGACCCACUCGGUACUUGAGGUUGCACCCCAAGUACGUGGAGGGCGGCAGUUACGCCUGGGAUGAGGCGGUCUCCAAAGCAUCAGUACUCUAUGGCACCCGCAUCCACAACAUCUUCUGUGACAACUGCCACUCGCAUGUGGCCACGGCACUCAUCAACAUGCGCUACAACAACAGCACCGGAUGGAACAUGAUUAUCCUCAGCAUGUGGCUCUUUGUCUGCGGACGCUACGUUGGAAUAGGGGGCUUUAUCAAGACCUGGCUGCCGUUUGCAAUUCUCCUGUCCAUCUGCAUCAUUUUGGGCAUCUAUUUCUAAUAUUUAGUAUGUCUACCUUAUAGUUAAAUGCUCGUUUAUGUGGUGUACUUUAAUAUAUUAUAUGUCAAAAA